GGAAUCUCCAUCCUCCUCGGGCCUCAAGAUUCGUUCCCGUCCGGUGCAGACAUAAUGGCCUCCCCUGUCGUCGAAGACAAUGGGGAAAGCGAUGCCCCAUCUCAGCCGCUCGCCAAGCCUUCCCGAUUCUCCAUCACGAGCUCAAGGCUCCAGCAUUUGCUAACUUAUAUAAAUAACACCUCCAAGCUGAUUUCCCAUAUCCCAAUCCAUUGAACCAUAAUACUAUACAACAUGGAGGACCACCCCAAACCAGUGAACCCCCCAAUGCCCACCCUACCACCCACAGACUCCCAAAACGAACUACUCUCCUUCCUCUCCACCCACCCCUUCAUCAAACCCACCCUCAUCGACAAAAUCCACGGCUGCAUAAUCGGCUCCGCACUAGGCGACGCCAUAGGCCUCUACACCGAAUUCCUCAACAAGGAGAUAAGCGGCAAAACCUAUCCGGGCCGGAAAUUCAGUCUCGUAGACCCCGUGACGGAGUGGUAUCAGGACCACCAUAGAAAUAAAUUCGACCCCUGCGCCUGGACCGACGACACAGACCACGCCCUCCUCCUCCUCCUCGCCUACCUCUCCUCGCAAAACCUCACCACGCUGCCGCAAGACUUCGCCUCCCGUCUCAGCAUCUGGAUCGAGCAGGGCCUCCUCGCUCUCGGGCGGCCCCCCUGCGGCAUCGGCCGGCUCGUCGGAGGCGUCGUCACGCGAUCCGAUUACCUCUUCGAUCCGGUCGCAAGGGCGACGAAGGAGUGGGUGAAUGCUGGGCGCAAGGUGGCGCCGAAUGGGAGUCUGAUGCGCACGCAUCCGAUUGGUGUGAUUGGCGUGGGGUUGCAUGAGGAGGAGGCGUGGAGGGUUGCUGCUGGGGUGGGGAGGACGACGCAUGUCGAUCCGAGGUGUACGCUUGCGUGUUGUAUCUCUGUGGGUGUGAUUCGGGGGAUUCUGCGUGGCGAGGUGAAUGACGAGAACGAUCUUGAUGCACUCAUGGAGAGAGCGUUUGAGUGGGUAUGCGCGCAGCCGAAUCUGGCGAAUCCUGAUUCUGAUCCCGAUAUCGUGGACUUGUCUGGACGUUUGCAUCGGGAAGACUUCACCCGCUACGUCUACGCCAACCGUUUCGAAGACCUCGAGCUCGAUGACCGCGACAAGAUCGGUUAUGUCUACAAGUGUCUCGGUUCCGCUAUCCUUGCUCUGAGACUGGGGAUGCGGGCCACUCGGAACCAACAAGGAGCUCUACCCCCGGAUUCCAUCUUUGAAGACAUCAUGGCCGACCUCAUCAUGGAAGGUGGCGACGCUGAUACCAAUGGCGCGGCUGCAGGCGCCCUGCUCGGUGCGUGGCUGGGGUACUCGCAGCUGCCGCCGCACUGGAAGAACGGACUCAAGCAUAGGGACUGGUUGGCUAAUAAAAUCGGGCGUUUGAUUAGGGCAGUUGGGAUUGAAGGGUCUAGGGCUCUGGAGUUUGAGGAGGACGAGGCGCCGGAUGGGGGGAGAGGUUUGAUGACGAGAAGUGAGUUGGAGAAGAGGGAUCAAGAUAUGGUGUAUAGGCUCCUGGAAAAGGAUAGGUUGAGGAGGGAGGAAGAGGAGAAGGCGAGGAAGAAGGAGGGGAGGCGGAUUGCUGGUUGGCUCAAGAGAUAGACGGACUCUGCCAUAUACAGCGUUAACUCUUCCGAUCAAACGAGAUAUUUCCGAGCCCCAGCGUCGGAAUAUCUACGCACUCUUCGCCACCGCAAACUCCCCCUCCCUCACCCUCGCACACAACUCCUUCAACCUCUCAGCCCCC